AUUCAGUCAAACGGUGACCAAGUGUGAUAUGCAACUACGAGAACGUUUCUUCCAUAACCAAUGUUUAUCAUGGAUUAGCCUUCUUCUAUAUAUUCAAUAAUCAACAAGGAUUGAGGCACCGAAACAUCCAUCAAACACAAAACAAACGACAUAUGAUGAUGGCUCGAUCAAGGAAUGUGGGAAUUCUUGUAGUAAUAACUGUAAUGUUACUAAAGACCACAGAAGCUGAAGAUUACGAGGUGGGUGGUAGCACAGGUUGGACAAGCUUUCCUCCAGGAGGUGCUUCUUUCUAUUCCAAAUGGGCUUCAAAUUUUACAUUCCAAGUAAAUGACACUCUAGUGUUCAACUUCGAGUCUGGAAGCCACAGUGUGGUGGAACUUACGAAACCUAACUAUGAAAACUGUGCAUUCGACAACAAUAUCAAAACCUUUAAUAUAGGACCAGCUAGAGUCACUCUCACAGCUCCAGGGGAAUUCUACUUUUCCUGCCCCUUCUCCGGCCAUUGCAGCAGUGGCCAAAAGCUAAGCGUAACAGUAAUCACUGACUCUUCUUCACCACCACCAAACAAAACUCCAACUCAAGCUCCUGCACCACGCACUGCUACAGUUGAAGGUCCUUCACCUUCUCCUUCUGCAUCUGCUUCAGUUCCCACUACAAGAGCCCCAUCACCCCAAACUCAUUCAACUGAUAUAGCCCCUCCACCACACGGCUCAGCCACCCCUCUGACUUCUACCUUCUCUCUAUUCAUCAUCACCAUUCUCAUCAAUUUUCUCUCUCAAUUUUAGGACACUUGUUACUAUAUGUUAUCUGUUGAAGACAGUGUUUCAGAAAGAGGAUAUUGGAGAAUUCAUUCAUCGUGUACUAGUUUGUAGUGUACAUCAAUUUCAUGAAGCGUGUUGGGUUUCCAAAAUUUUGGCUUGUGAUAUAUUGUUUCAUUGAUUUUCCAGCUACGUGGACUCGAUUGAGAUGAUUGUGAUUGAAUAAACAAAUCUUCUAUUGUGGGUUUUACCGAUUCA